AUGGAUUACGAUAAACUCUCUACUCAAACAAAAUGUCUUCUUCAUACAGUCUCGGAAAGUAUUGGUCAAUUAGAAAGUAUGAUACAUAGUUUAAAAUCAAGUUUGGAACUGGAUGAAAUAAAUAAAUUGUAUUAUAGCUUAAAACAAGAUAUACAAAAUAUUAAUUCAAACUGUGAUCGUCUGUCAACUUUACUUUCAACUGUUGAGCCAUAUUCACGUCGUUCUCAGUUACGUUUAAGUUUGGAUCAAACACGUUUUGAAUGUAAACAGUAUGAAACUAAUCUAAGGGCUAUCGAUCGAAAAAAGAAUGAAAAAUGGCGACACGUAGUAGAACGUGAAGAGUUAUUAUCUCAUGAUUUUUCAACCAAUGCAUCUGUACGCAAUAAUAACGGUUUGUCUGGCUCAACUAUUAUCAGAUUAGAUCCUGAUUUAGAACAUUAUUCAAGAUUAUCUAAUGUUGGAAAGCAAAUUGACGAUAUUUUGAUAUCAGGGUCAUUUAGUUUAAGUGCUUUACAAGAACAAGGAAUGACUUUAAAGAAGGCACAACGCCGUAUCAUGGAUGUUCUGAAUACUCUUGGUUUAUCAAACACUGUUAUGCGUCUUAUUGAACGGCGAAGUCAUCAGGAUAAAAUAUUAUUCUGGGUGUUGGUGGCUGUUACACUGAUCUUAUUUUGGGGUAUUUGGAGAUUUUUCCACUAGUCAUUCGUGUAGACUUUUCUCGCCAUCCAUUUUUUAAGUGGUUAUUUGUGUGCGUUUGUAUUUUGAGUGCUCUACGUCUUUCAAUUAAUUCUUUCAUUCAGUGAUUGUAUCUGUGUAACUUUAUCUUUCGUUUUUUUGGAUGUCUUGGGAUAUGUAGGGAUUUGUAAAUAGCUGCUGUUGUACUUUUUCUAUGUAUUCAAACAUGGG